AUGCCGUAUGUUCGAAGACCUGUCCGACAUUCGGGAGUUCGAUAUGCUGUACGACCCGGUUCAUAUCCACGACCACCUCCACCACGACGUGGUGGUCUUAUGGGCUUAUUGGGAGGUUUAGCUGGUCUACUUUUGUGUUUACUCUGCUUAGCAGCAAUGGGUUUACUUGGUUUAUUCGCAACAUUCAUUGCAGUGACUGCUUAUCUCGGACAGCUUUAUCGAGCAUUGAAAGAUAUUGGUAAUGGUGCAUCUGUUCAUUACGUGAAUAUGAUCAUCUUGCUAGCUGCUCGAACACCAGUGGUUAUUAUUAAACCAAUUCUUUAUGGUAAUACAGCAAAACAUUUUGGUUCAAAAAGAGAUUCCGAUGGACAUACACAUAAAUGGACACUUUAUGUUCGAUCAUUUAAUAAUGAUGAUAUGUCAAAUUAUAUUAAUCGAAUACAAUUUCGUUUACAUGAAACAUAUCCGAAUAAUAUUCGAGUGGUAAAUCAACCACCAUUUGAAAUUGAAGAAAGUGGUUGGGGAGAAUUUGAAACACAGAUAACAAUUUUUUUUUCUGAUCCAAAUGAAAAACCGGUUUUUCAAGAACCCUCUGAUUCAUUAGUUCAGUUACUUAAUUCUACAAAAUCAUUUGCAUCAUCAACAGAUGAAAAUCAAACGAUUGAAAACGAAUAUGAUAUGAGAAAAGCUUAUACAAUAGCACGUAUUCAUGAUGUUCAUCAACGAGUACGAAAUGAAAUUCAAGAUUUAACUGAACGACUUCGUAUAACUCAAGAAAAUAUCAAACGUGUUCGACAACGAUCAAUUGAUAAUAAUUUUUCUUCUGGUAUAUUUACUUCAUCAACACAGGACAAUAUAAAACAUGAAGUUGAAGAUUAA